GGAAAAGUGCAGUACAUCUGUCUGUCAUCUCUUUUUCCUUCUGUUAUCAAAAUAGCACUGGAGUAUUGUAUGAUAAUUGACUGGUAAUAAUCGCUCCCCUUCUGUAAUCAGAGGGCUGGAAAGGGAAAGGACAAUACACCACUGUGGAUCUGGUAUCUGCGUUACCACAGCAACGCAUAUUAAAUUGCCUGAAGGAUUACAAGUAGUGGACUUUAAACAGGGUGGAGGGACAGGUGACGUGUGCUACAGAGAACUGUCUGUUUCCUGGAACCAAACAAAGCAACCGGCAACAUGGCCAAAUUCUUCACACCAGCUCAAAUCAAUGAGUUCAAGGAGUGCUUCUCCUUAUAUGACAAGAAGCAGAAGGGGAAGGUAGAUGCCAAGGAUCUGAUCACGGUUAUGCGCUGCCUGGGUACGAGCCCCACGUUUGGUGAAAUCGAAAGACAUCUACAAGUUCACAAAAUUGAAAAGAAAGGAGAGCUGGACUUCUCUACCUUCCUGACAAUGAUGCACAGACAGAUGCAACAGGAGGACCCCAAAACUGAAAUCCUAGAGGCUUUGAGGAUGACAGACAAACAGAAGAAAGGAUACAUCCAGGCGUCCGAGCUCCGAGCCAAGCUCACCAAGCUAGGAGAGAAACUUACAGACAAAGAAGUGGACGAGCUCUUCAAAGAGGCAAACGUCAAGUCAAAUGGGGUUAUCAACUAUAAAGAGUUUACCCAGAUGGUGACACUGCCGCCUGUCGAUUACUGAUACUCAAAGACCGAAAACAAUCACCAGGACUGGGGAUUGAUCUGAAAUCCUCAGAACAUAUGGGUAUGACAGACCUGUUGUGAAGCACUGCUGUUGAACUAAAUUAAUACUCACACUAUAUGAUGAUGUUUGGCACAUUUUGUCAAGCCUAAACCUCAACCUUCAUGAUUAUAUAAAUAAAAUUUACAGUUUGA